AUGUGGAGGCUGGCGCUGCGAAUUCGGCCCAAACAGGCCCAAAGGCAUCACCAAACAUCCGGGCUUCGGGUACCCACCCACCCGUAUUCUUCCCCAAGCGAGUGGCGCACCUCUGCAAUUGUUUUCUGUUUUCUCCUCCCCACGAUGUCCAUCCCCGGGAACGGCCACCUCCCCGCCGCCGCCUCCACCGGCCUACCGGACCACUCCUCCGACUCCGAGGCCGAGGGAGACGCCGACUACCUCCCCAUCUCCGGCGCCGCGUCGGACACCGACAGCGACCCCGACCCCGACCCCGAUCUCGCAUCUCGCCGCCGCCUCGACGCGGUCGACAACGGCGUCUCCGAGCUGGAUCUCGCCUCCGACGACGAAGAAGAAGAGAGCGACGAGGAAGAAGGCGCGGGCGCGACGGAGGCCGCGGCCUCCUUGGACGACGAGCGCCGGCGGCGCGCCCAGCUGCCCGCGGGCGCCGCGGCCCGGAUCGUGGACGCGAUGCGCGGCGUGGCGUUCCCCGGCGCGCCGCCGCCGUGGGCCGGCACCGUCCCCCACGAGCAGUGGCUCGAGCGCCUCCGCUCCCUCCGCGGCGGCCGCGACUAGGCGGAGCAGAUGAGGUGAAUUCUCGACCCACAAAUCAGUGUGAGUUAUGAGAGCUUGUGAUCCGCCUUUGUACUGAAGGAACAUUCCUGUAUCGCCAUAGAUCCAGUAGGAUUGCCUCUCGCUGCGUCGGAAUGAAACUCGUGCGCAGAUCAUCGCCGAUGAGAUCAGGGAUCGACACUGGAUGCUGUUCUUGUGUAUGGAUUUUAUGGAGGUUUCGUCUUAUUUUUCAGAGCGUGCUUGUCUUCUUGAUUGUGGAGAAAUCCGAAUGUUGUUGCUGCUGCUCUCCGUGGGCAGAAAUGCGAUCAAAAGGCUUGUGAAAUUUUCAGUUGCAUGAAUCAGCAAAUGCUUAAUUUGUU